AUGUCAUUGAUUUUGUUCACACACUCACUCGUAUCUCAUAGGAAUGGUUGUGUUCUUGUGAGUGAACCUACAACUCUUCGCUGGCAUGCAGAAGCCAAUUUUGCAGGAAAAUACCAAACUUGGGCCAAAACAAAUAGAUUUGAAUUGAUGCUGCCUGGUGACAUCAAGGACCACAAAGAGAAAGCUGCACACGCUCAACAGGCUAUCAACUCACAUUUAACUGAACAAAAGCUUGCGGAGUGGGUGGUCCCAUACUCUGAUAAGCUAUUCAAGACAGCAGCUAUUGAAUGGCUUAUAGCAACUGAUCAGCCGAUACAAGCCCUUGAACAUCUGAAAUUCAAGGACAUGAUUGAUGUGGCUGCUCGCACGACUAAUGGCAUCAAAAUUCCUGGAAGGAAGGCAACACGUGCAGAGAUUAUGCGCAUAUUCAAGAACCACUUAAUGAAGCUCAAGGUGACUUUGAAUGUAUGUCUACUGAUUCUCACCAUCUCACCAUAUAUUUUCUGA